AUGACGGGUCGACGCCGGUUCAACUGCAUAUCUUCGAAGAGGGAGCUGCAGAUGGGUGAAGAGAGCUACAGAGAAGUGCUGAAUCAAGAGCGCGGGAAGAUUCUCCCUGCGAACCACCCGCUCACGGUCUCGGUCAACCGUGUUCUGCAACGGCUGAUCCCGCAGGCGCAGAUUGAGGGCGCGGACUGGCAGGUUCAUGUGAUCGACGAACCGCAGACGAAGAACGCCUUUGUGCUCCCUGGAGGAAAGGUGUUUGUAUACACCGGGAUCUUGCCGAUCUGUAAGAACGAAGAUGGGCUGGCAGCCGUUCUGGGCCAUGAGAUUGCCCAUGUGGUGGCGCGACAUCCGGCGGAGCGCAUGAGCACUGGGUUCGUCUCAUUCGGAAUAGUCUUUCUCAUUUCUCUCUUGUUCGAUAUCUCGGGACAAUUUCCGUCUCUCAUAUUGAACCUGAUGUACAGUCUGCCGAACUCGCGGACGCAAGAGGUGGGUUCAUCCUUUGUGAUGAUGUCCAAGGCAUGCUUUGACCCAGGUGCUGCUGUUGAGCUGUACGUGAUCUGUGAUUGGGUCUGGAUACUUUUGACGGACGAAGGCUGA